AGUGCUCCUGAUUGUGACAUCACGUCCAUCCCCUUGGCAAUGGAGCUUGUCACUAGGAAGGAAGACUCAUUUGGAAAAUAGCCAACAAGAUGGGAUACUGGGAGCGUCUUCUGUGUGACACUGAGUGGAGGCAUCAGGGGGUUGGAGCCUUGUGAACAGGGAACCUGCCCCCCAACACUUGGAAGGACCUGGGUUUCAGUGAUGAGACAUGGGGUAUGAUGUAACCCGCUUCCAGGGGGAUGUUGAUGAAGACCUUAUCUGCCCUAUUUGCAGUGGAGUCUUGGAGGAGCCAGUACAGGCACCUCAUUGUGAGCAUGCUUUCUGCAAUGCCUGCAUCACCCAGUGGUUUUCUCAGCAGCAGACGUGUCCGGUGGACCGUAGCGUCGUGACGGUCGCCCACCUGCGCCCCGUACCUCGGAUCAUGCGGAACAUGUUGUCAAAGCUGCAGAUUGCCUGUGACAACGCUGUAUUUGGCUGCAGUGCUGUUGUCCGGCUUGACAACCUCAUGUCUCACCUCAGUGACUGUGAGCACAACCCGAAGAGGCCUGUGACCUGUGAACAGGGCUGUGGCCUGGAGAUGCCCAAAGAUGAGCUGCCAAACCACAACUGUAUUAAGCACCUGCGCUCAGUGGUACAACAGCAGCAGACACGUAUCGCGGAGCUGGAGAAGACGUCAGCUGAACACAAACACCAGCUGGCGGAGCAGAAGCGAGACAUCCAGCUGCUCAAGGCAUAUAUGCGAGCAAUCCGUAGUGUCAACCCCAACCUUCAGAACCUGGAGGAAACAAUCGAAUACAAUGAGAUUCUAGAGUGGGUGAACUCCCUGCAGCCAGCAAGAGUGACUCGCUGGGGAGGGAUGAUCUCGACCCCCGAUGCUGUGCUCCAGGCUGUAAUCAAGCGCUCCCUGGUGGAGAGUGGCUGUCCUGCUUCUAUUGUCAACGAGCUAAUUGAAAAUGCCCAUGAGCGGAGCUGGCCCCAGGGUCUGGCCACGCUAGAGACAAGACAGAUGAACCGGCGCUUCUAUGAGAACUACGUGGCCAAGCGCAUCCCUGGCAAGCAGGCUGUUGUUGUGAUGGCCUGCGAAAACCAGCAUAUGGGUGAUGACAUGGUUCAGGAGCCAGGUCUUGUCAUGAUAUUUGCGCAUGGUGUGGAGGAGAUAUAG